UUUUUUUUUUUUCCCUCGACCUCGCACCCCCACACCUUCUUCACAUCUUUGCAAGGCGUGCUCCUGCUCACUCCUGCACCCUCUUGCGACCCGUUUCUCACCCCUCGUCGGAAUCGCGCGCGCUGCUGCUGCUGUGGUAGCGGUGGUGGUGGUGGUGGUAGUGGUGGCUUCGAUCGACACCUCCGACAGUUUUUCGCAGGACGCUUGUUGCUUCUAUACUACGAGCGAAUGUGAACUCGCCCUACUUGUGUUUUUUUUUGCACGCGCCUACGCCACCGACGAAGGAUUCAGUCGGAGUCCUCUCGGGAACCCUUUCGCGUUUUGAUUACUUCGAUGGAUAUUGCUCGUUUUCUCGUUGCGGUGAACAAAACACAGUGAUAUCGGUGUAAUCCUCAAUGAAUGUUUCUCCGAUGUUAAUUAAUUGAGGUUCCCGAUAUUCGCUUGAAGAGGACCUUCGCUUGCCCCCCCCGACGAUGAUCGACCGGCGUCCUUAUAGGCGCGCGAACACGCCGCGAAACUCGGCUCUCUCGCAGGAUCGCGGCACGUUCGCGCCCGCGUCACCGUCGUAACCUGCGACUGACAGCUCAAAUUCAUGCUAAAAGGAAUAGUACCUGCGCGCGCGACUUUCGUGUACGCGAGCCCGGGAACACCUUCCCGUCUUCUCCGCUCCUCAUAAAAACCUCACGAAGAGUCGCCGCGCACUACGACCAACUGUCGCUUCUCUCGAUGAGCGAGAGUUACCCACCACCGUUGAGCGGGCGUCCUGCGGAGGAUCAGGUCGGCGAGGAUGAAGUCGGAGGGAAACAAUGGAUAUCUGCGAACCACCGUCGUCACCGAGCCAUCGUCAGGCGACUUGCCUGCAGAGCCGGGAUCAGCUGGUCAAGACACUACGCCCAUUGCGAAUUCUCUUCAGGUAACUUACGGUCCACGCGGAGGAAUUACCACAACCGUGCUCCAACCUCCAACUAGGCCACGGAGACCAGUAGGUGUGACACGUGCCACUUCGAUUACACGAAGACGAAGAGGACCGGCGAGUAGGCAACGUCUGUUGGGCGUGUUGGCCAUUGCUCUGUUGGCCACUUGCCUCUUCAUACUUUUACUACUGGCGUUAAACACCACUCGUGAAUGCGUUCGAGAGCCUUAUCAAGACGUUUGUAUGUCGGAAGAAUGCGUCAGAACAGCGGCGAGCUUAUUGGCGGCAAUGGAUCGCACUGCGUCGCCUUGUGUCGAUUUUUUCCAAUACGCCUGUGGCACGUGGAAUCGAUUGCACGUGAUACCGGAGGAUAGGAGCUCCAUUAGUACCUUUGAGGUCCUAGCCGAUCAGUUGCAGGUGAUCCUGAAGCGCAUCCUCGAGGAACCGCCCAAUGUAGACGACAAUAAUGCCACUCUCAAGGCGAAGAUGUUUUACAAGUCGUGUAUGGACAUCCCUCGCAUACGAGAAAUCGGAGACACCACUCUAAAGAACAUCUUGGAGAGCCUUGGAGGAUGGCCAGCGGUGGUGGGUACAUCUUGGAAGCCACCGCCUUAUUCCCUGGAGGUCCUUUUGGGUCGUAUACGAGGCGAGUAUAAUGAAGGUGUGCUGAUAGAGCAGUGGGUCGGCCCAGACGACAAGAACUCCUCGGCCAACAUCCUGCAGUUGGAUCAGAUGCAAAUGGCGUUACCCGGUAGAGAUUACUAUCUGAAGAAAAGCAGCGAGCCCGAACUAAAAGCUUAUCACAAUUACAUGACAAACGUCGCCGUGCUGAUGGGAGCAAAUCCCCGUUCGGCGGCCGAAGAGUUCGACCGGGUGAUCGUUUUAGAGAAGCAACUUGCUAACAUCUCAUUACCAGAAGCGGAUAGGCACGAUACCUCGGCGAUUUAUCGGAAACUAACGUUGCACGAGUUGCAGCGGGAAGUGCCGGAGUUGCAGUGGCUUGUUUAUUUGCAAAAGUUCAUCAACGUGCCGAUCAAUGAGGAGGAGCCCGUCGUAGCGUACGCGAUGCCGUACUUCGUGCAGAUGGGUCGUAUAAUCUCGAAGACGGAUCGCAGGACUCUACAUAAUUAUAUUUUGUGGCGGCUCGUCAUGUCGAUUAUGCCUCACAUGAUCGACGAGUACCAACAGAAGCGAAUUGAGUUUCGCAAGAUCCUAUUGGGGAUACUCAGCGAAAGGAAUAGAUGGUCGCAAUGUGUCGAGUGGACCAAUAAGAAACUUGGAAUGGCAGUUGGAGCCCUUUUUAUACGCGACAAUUUUAAUCACGAAAGUAAGGAGACUGCUUUGGAAAUGAUACGAACGAUUCGCGAGGCUUUUAACGAAUUGUUGGCUGAAAAUCAUUGGAUGGAUGACGAAACUCGGAUGGUGGCGAAGAAGAAGGCGGACUCAAUGAACGAGCGAAUCGGAUAUCCCGAGUUUCUUAAAGAUCCACUCGAGCUCUCGUUGGAAUACGUGAUGUUGAACAUAACGGAAAAUCACUUCUUGGAGAACAUUCUUGCCGUAUUGAAGUACGACGCUUACCAUAAUCUGCAAAAGCUGCGAAUGCCGGUCGACAAGAACAAAUGGUCAACCGAGCCGGCUGUGGUGAAUGCUUUCUACAAUCCUAAUAAGAAUGACAUAGUAUUCCCUGCGGGAAUUCUGCAGCCGCUUUUUUACUCCCAGCACUUUCCCAAGUCCUUGAAUUACGGCGGUAUUGGCGUAGUAAUCGGUCACGAGAUCACCCAUGGCUUUGAUGACAAGGGUCGCCAGUUUGAUAAGGACGGCAACAUGAUGCAGUGGUGGAAUAACGCUACUAUCAGAGCAUUUCGUAAGAGAGCGCAAUGCAUCGUGGAUCAGUAUUCCAAAUAUAAGUUGCAGGAAGUAAAUCUGUACAUCAAUGGCAGGAUGACCCAAGGAGAAAAUAUCGCGGAUAAUGGUGGUCUCAAGCAGUCUUUCAGGGCUUACAAAAAAUGGGUUUCCAUCCACGGCGAGGAGCCGUUGCUGCCAGGAGUGAACCUUACACACGAUCAGCUAUUCUUCCUCAACUACGCUCAGAUUUGGUGCGGCUCCAUGAGACCGGAAGACGCGCUGACCAAGAUACGCAGCAGCGUGCACUCGCCGGGUCCGGUACGCGUGUUAGGUCCGCUGUCGAACAGCAAAGACUUCGCCAGGGCUUUCAACUGCCCGCCGAACUCGCCGAUGAAUCCCAAGAACAAGUGCAGCGUCUGGUAGUUCGUGUCCAGUGAUAUAUAAGAUAUAUCACGCCGAUAUAAUCAAAAUUAUACAAGGAGGAAAAGGAGGUAGAGGUACCUGGAAGCUUAAAGUUUCAGGGUUUCGAGAAAUCGAGAGGACCCGUAUUCUCUGAUUGUACGCACAUUCAAUGCUAAAUAAGGCUAUUUUUCGAACGCUGUCCUUCGAUAUAGGUUGAACGGGAUUCGCGUAAGUAGCAUGUUGAAAUAUCGAAAGAGCAAAUUUAAUUUCACACUUUGCGUCAAAUGUGCGAACGUGCGGAAUGAGAAUGCGCGGGUCAUAAAUUAACAAAGAAAAUAAAAAAUUAUAGAUGUAUGAAAUCUAUGAUCCGAAGGAUCCGUGGACCCUUUCAUUAUCCUUGCAUAUCACGAUCUUGCUUGUUUUUAUGUAAUAAGCAUCGAAAUAAAAGUGAUGUAUGAUUAACAGAUGAUUGUUAUUUUUUCGGUCGCAAUAGUGAUAACUUAAAGGAAUUUAUAUCUAACAAUUAAAAACAAUCUAACAGUGAAUUUAAUUUUUAUCUUUUAGAUAGCAUAACGAAGCAAAUAAAAAAUAAAUGUUACUCUAUGAAGAAUUAUUUUGUUAAAAAUAUCAAAAUAACAUGGAGACAAUAAAAAGCUGAUGUCAGUGAAAAUUGAAUAUGAAAGAAUACACUGACGAUAAAAAGAUAUUAACAUUUCGAAGAUAUCUUUAUUUCUUAUUUUCCUCUUUUUUUUGUUUUUAUAUUUCAUCAUAUCAUCACUUAUAUUAUUAUAGCCAGCUAUAGUUGCAAAUUUACAUCGUUUAAGCUUCUGCGAAUAACGAUAAAACGAAGCGGAUACAUUUUGCCUGAAAAGAUAAAUUCUAAUUUGCCUAAUUGAACAAUUCUCCUAAACACAUACCUAAACGAAAAAACACCUGUAGCUCGCGCAACGCAUAUCGUUCUUACAAAAGUCCUGCAGUAAUUUACGCAGAAUCUCAAGUUCUUCAAAUCCUUGAAUCUCUUGUAUAUUUCUCUCUUCUUUUAGAAAAUAUCUAUAAAUUUUUUAAGAGUUCGAAAAUGAAUUGUGAGAAUGGAAAACAUCUCUAAAGAUCCAGGAUCCAAAUAAGAUAUUUUCCAAGAGAUUUUCGAAUUAAUAUAGGAUAUAUGAAAAUGAUACCUGGUUUCAAAAUUCACUGUUACUAUCUCUAUUACCCUGUGUAAUCCCUUUGAUUCCACAACUUCUUCGAUGUAUUUCAAUUCAACCAUUUUAAUAUUUUCAUAUAACCUAAAACGCAAAUAUAUGUAUAUAUAUAUAUAUUAUAUAUAUAUUGGACAAUAAAUCUCGUUCGAAGAGAGAGAGAGAGAAAG